UUCAUGUCUGUUCAUUAUUUUAGAUUUUUUUAAUCCAUUUUAUUUUCUUUUUUCUGUUGAUUUUAUCAUCGAUUUUGAAUAUUGAAGGUUAGUUAUUGUAUUCGACGUGAUUGAUUUUCAAUUAGGUUUUUGAUUGAUGAUUUAUUCUUUUUGAUUUGUUUUUAUCGUUUUUGAUUAUUUUUUUGAGUGAUUUAUGUCAGCUUGAUUAAAUUCUGAUCAAUUUCGUCCGCACUUUAAUUUUUUGAUGCUGUUUGAUUGCUGCCUCAUGGAAUUUAAUUUACAUAGUUAUUUACUCGCUACUUGUAAUUCUUUCAUAAUUUAAUUGAUUCAUAAUGUAAUCUUUGUUUUAUUUUAGUUGUUAUUAAAGUUAAAAGUAGAAACAGUUUAUUUAUAUUAUACUUGUGGACCUAAUAGUUGAAUUAGUAAUCAUUAUUAUUUGAAUGUGUAGUUUUAUAUUUUGGAGCAUAUCGCUUGUAUUCAAUUAAUUCCUUUUUUGUGAACAUUUAUGUUACAUAUGUAAGGCUUACGGAGUAGUUUAAUGUUUGAUCACUGUGGCAGAUGAUAGUUACAUAUGUAAGGCUUACGGAGUUGUUUAAUGUUUGAUCACUGUGGCAGAUGAUAACUACAUAUGUAAGGUUUACGGAUUAGUUUAAUGUUUGAUCACUGUGGCAGAUGAUAAUUACAUAUUUAAGGCUUGCGGUACUAGUUUAAUGUUUGAUAACUGUGGCAGAGGAUUAUUUCAUAUGUAAGGCUUACGGAGAAAUUUAAUGUAUGAUCACUGUGGCAGAUAGUAAAUUUUUGGUUACUCCUUUCUGUGUUCUAUUCCUAAGAGAAUUAGAAUGUUAGGUGUGAUUUCACUUUGAUUGUGGUUGGUAAACUAUAAAAUACUUAUCUUUGAUUGAAGGCAAGUUGCUUCAAAGGGCAUUUCAAAGGAAAAGGUGAAUAUUUGUUUUCUAUGGGAUGAGAAAAUGCUGCUGGACAUUUAAAUUGUUGAGAUAGGGAAGGAAGGUGAUAAGGACGCUGUUUUUAUGUUUGUUGGGAAAAAAUAGUCUUCCCGUAUAUUUUGCUGAGGAUUUGUUUUUGGUCAAGGUUUGAUACUUCAGACUUGAAGGAAGAUUUUGUCUUGAAAUGCUACAUACUGUUUUGUUGAUCUAACGUACAAAGAUGACUACUGAAGAGCAAGAUCAAGAUGUCAUCCGGUGGGGUUUGAAUCUUCUUGAUUUUGGACCUUUGUUCAAUAGUACGUACGGUGGGGAUUAUAAUACAGAAGAUGGGAGCAGUUACCAUCAACAAUAUAUGAGAGAGUACAAUUAUGAUACAGCGUGUAAUUCCCACUGUAACUAUGUAGAAAGUGAUGCAAUACUUGCACAUAGUCUACAAGAAGAAUUCUCACGAUUAGAAGUUGAUAAUGCAGCUCAAUCUUCGCAUGCAGAACAACAGCAGUUUCAUUCAUCAAAUGUUUCAUCAGAUUGGCUUAUACCAUCUUCUGCCAAUUACUGUCCUGCUCUUGAGAAUUCCCAGGAGGCAGAUGAUACAGGACACUCAAGCUCAUGUUCCAGUCCAGGAGAAAGGUCCAAUGAUGGUGAAGACUAUUCGUAUUCUCUUGAAUUUGCAGACGAGUCUGCACUUGAUGGAGAACUGGGGAAGAGGUUAAAUCAAAUGAUCCCUGUGCCACAUGUCCCUCGAAUUAAUGGGGAAAUACCUUCAAUGGAUGAAGCAACUUCAGAUCAUCAAAGACUACUAGAUAGAUUGCAGUUGUAUGAUUUGGUUGAGCGCAAGGUCCAGGGGGAUGGCAAUUGUCAGUUUCGUGCUUUGUCAGAUCAAUUCUAUCGCACCCCAGAACACCACAAGUUUGUGAGGCAACAGGUUGUCACUCAGCUCAAGUCAGAUUCAGAGGUUUACGAGGGAUAUGUGCCCAUGGAGUAUGGUGAAUAUUUAAACAAGAUGUCAAAGAGUGGUGAAUGGGGAGAUCAUGUCACCUUGCAGGCAGCUGCUGACUCGUAUGGUGUUAAGAUAUUCCUCAUAACUUCUUUCAAGGACACCUGUUAUAUGGAGAUUAUUCCGAAGGUUCAGAAGUCAAAGCGAGUCAUCUUCCUUAGCUUCUGGGCAGAAGUGCACUACAAUUCAAUCUAUCCGCAAGGAGAGUUGCCGCCGCCCUGGGAGAUGAAAAAGAAGAAAAGAUGGUGGCUUUUCAGAAACAAUUGAGGAGGCCGGUUUUAUAUUGAUGCUUUUUAACUUCUAAUUUAUCUGUAUAUAUGGGUCUAGAGCAGCAAUGCAAGCAGCGCAUUUUAUUUGCAAUAAUCUCUUAUUCUUUCUUUGUAUUUCUGUGUUUGCGGCCCUGGAGAAUAUUGUGCAGGUGAUGAGAAUUAGCCUGGAACAUAAACAUAAUCAUUAACAUAUAUAUAAAGUCUGGCAUGCUUUUUGAUUUCGCAUGCCAUUGCGGUUUCAUUUUC